CCCUGGUGACAUACCAGGGUGGAAGGGGGCCCCCACUGAGGGAGCCUUUUCGAGCCUGAGCAGAGGGCCCCACACCAGCAGAGACAUGAGGCUCCGGCUACUGAUCUGCUUGGCUACGCUGGCCACCAGCAGCUUCUCCAUGGAGCGGGAAGUAGAAAUCACCCCUGAGAUCUCCAUUGCCUACAAAGUCCUGGAGGUCUUCCCCAAAGGCUGCCGAGUUCUCAUAACGUGCCAUUCACCGCAUGCGCCUCUGCCCAUCACCUACUCCCUCUGGGGCAGUGGGGACACUGAAGUCGCCAAGAAAACCAUAAAGACCCAGGACCCAGCCUCCUUCAGCAUCAAUGUCACGCGCAAGUCCAGGCCAGACCUGCUCACCUAUUUCUGCCAGGCAGCCCCCACCAGGGGCCUGCGUGUGGUCAGCACCAAGCUGCAGAUGUACUGGGAGCUGUGGGCCAAUCCCGUGUCCCAGGUGCAAGCCAACUUUACCUUGCUGGACGAAGGGUCAGGCCCCAGGGUAGAGGUGUCCUGCCAGGCAUUCGGCAGCCCACCCAUCACCUACAGCCUGAUCGGGAAGAACGGGCAUGUCUACAUGCAGCAGAAACCAACCUAUGGGCAGCCUGCCAACUUCUCCUUCCCACUGACCGAGACAUCGGACUGGCUCCAGUGCCAGGCUGAAAAUGACAUCAGUGUCCAAAGCAGCCCCCUCACGCUGGUGCCGCCAGGACAGCUGCCCCGGGGACCCACCUUUAUGCUGGCUGGCAGCCUCACCUCCAUUGCAGCUAUCACCUCUGGGAUGCUGGGCUGGACCAAGUGGACCAGGUUGUGACCAGAAGAUGCGAGCUCAGUAGAGCCCUCCGGGACAGCCCCCGUGCUUGCCCCCUACAGAAAGACCCACCAUGUGAAUGAAGAACAAGCAUGCCAGCCUGGAUUCCUGGAGUCCCUGUGUUCUGUGACCUCAGGAUGGGGUGGAGGCUGUAGCCCAGGGACAGGGAGGCCACAGGACACAGUGGCUUCUGUGCGGCCUGUCCUCGCCCCUUCCACAUGCGGGUCUGGGAAGAAUGUGGGGGUAGAUUGCGAAAAGACCCAGCUCCCCCCACAUUUGCUCCCCACUUCCCUGGAGUGGCCCCCAUCUCCUGGUGGCACCUCCUCUGGCUCCACCCACUGACCUCUGAUGUUCCAGCUCACCCGGGAGGACUCAGCGCCACCUGGCCAGCACCUUCUCAUUAACCUUACCUGCAAUAGCAAAGGGUGUCUGGAAUUCCUCCCUCCUCAGCUUGUGGGCCCUGGAGAAGACACCUCUCCCCACUUCCCACACAGAGCUUUCCCUGUUCCGAUGCUCUGACCCAUUUUGGUUUAGAACUGGAUUAAACUCUGCCGGCUGUCUGUCACCUUGGAACUUCGGUUCUGUUUGCACACCAUCUUGGAG